AUGUCAUCCAUGGUUUAUAGAGCAAUGAAAAUUUGUUCAACUUAUGAAGCUCUCCAUGAUGAAUAUGAAUUUAUUCGUGAGGUAUCAUUAAAGAACGGAUAUCCGAUUGCCUUUGGUGAAUCUGUGAUUCGAAAGCAACUUAAUUUAGUAUAUGCACCCCAUGCAAUUAUAUCAACAACACCAGGAACGGAUAUCAUAGUGUUGCAAGUACCAUAUUAUGGGAAAGCAAGUCAAAUAUCUGGUAACCGUCUUACGGCGGUAGUCGCUAAACAAUACUCAUCAGAACAGGUACGAGUUGUUUAUGAUGUAACAGCCUGA